AUGCAUCAGUCAAGUCCUGAAAAAUUCUUGAAUCUCUUAAAGGAGCAAGCUCACCAGGUUCCUAACCAUUCUCCUACCAAUAUUCAAGGAGUUCACGUCCAUGAAGGUGAUUGGGUAACUCCUGGCUCCAUCAAGGUCUGGAACUACACUAUAGAUGGAAGAGCUGAGGUAUUUAAAGAGAAGAUUGAAUUAGAUGAGAAGAAGGUAUUAACUAUUACUGAUCUUGAAGGUGAUGUGUUCAAGAUUUACAAAGUCUAUACUGCCAUAUGGGAACUCACACCCAGGGGCCAGGGAAGCUUCGCAAAAUUGACUCUUGAAUAUGAGAAGCUGAAUGAUAAUGUUCCUGUUCCUCAUAAAUACAUAGAUUUGGUGAUUAGCAUGACUAAGGAUAUUGAUGAAGGAAUCUCCAAGGCAUAA